UUUUUUCCCACAGCGAAGGAGGGAGAGAAAAGAGAAAACGUGAGAAACUUCUUCGCUUGAAAACACAAAAUAUAUACAAAACCAUCCAACACAUUUUUCUCGCCUUUCUCUUCUCCACGCAUUCAUUCAACAACUUCCUUCUUCACUGGUGCAUGUCUCUGUUUGACAGGAACUGAGAGUCUUUUUCAAUGCCUCUUUUAAAGAGGAAGCCUUUUGCCUUGACUGAGCCUCCUCAGGAUUUGAAGCCAGACGAGCAUGUUUACCAAGUUCGAUUUACAAAAGAAAUAUUUCGAGAUUAUCAUGAUUAUUUGAACCGUUUGAAUCUAUACCGCCAGAGGGUUUGGGCAUGUAAGGUAACUGGAAAAACUGGCUUGACUUAUGAAGAGGCUUUGGUGUCAGAACAACAAGCCACUGAGAAAUUCCUACAGUUUCCUAAAGAAUUUAUGGCACCUGCUUUAAGGAUCAUUCAAUACAGUAUGCUACCUUUGAAGGAUCUUGCCGAUUCUAUUGCUGAAAAAUUGCAGGAACGUUUGUUUGUCGGUGCUGAGUUGUAUGGGAAAAAAGAUGACGAUGUAUGUCCAUGCAAAAUAUUAAAAGUCAUCCAGGAAGAAGUUGACAAAUACCGUUAUGAGAUAGCUUGGCUUGACAAAAGCAAGAAUGUAAUUGAAAAAGCAGAAGUCAGUGCAGAAGACUUGGUGCAAAAGAAGCCGCUUUUUAGUAGAAAUAUUUUGAAGUCUUUUAUCCGGGAAUCUACAUAUCGAAAUGCCCCUUGGGUUUUACACGACAAACUUGCACAAAAUCACGGUAUCUCAACUGAUAUUCCUGAGGAGUUACGAGGAAAGCUUUUUAUCAAAGAUGGACUUAUAAUUUGCUCCAAGAAAAGGAAAACUGAGGAAUCAAUGGAAGAAGCUGAUAAACCUAAAAGGAAGAAGUUGGAUGGGACAUUAGUCAACGGUUCUGCACAAGAGAACGAUAAUGGAGAAUCCAAGGAAAAACCAGUCAAAUAUCCCAUUGAUGAUCUAUUGGUGAAGCCUAGUCCAGAUGACCCUGUUUUCACUGAUCGUCCUUCUCCAUCGAGAGACUUCAAUGUUCCAAUGUAUUGUGUAGGGGAUCUCUUAAUGGUUUGGGAUUUUUGUACUUCUUUUGGUAAACAGUUACACUUGUGGCCCUACUCUUUGGAAGAUUUUGAAAAUGCAAUCUGCCAUAAGGAUGGCAAUGUGGUUCUCCUUGUGGAAUGUCAUGCUGCACUUUUCCGGGUUCUUAUAGAAGAUGAUGGUGAAUUCACUUCAGCUGUACAGAAACGAAAGUUGAAGAAGAUUACAAUGGUGAACUGGAGAGAAUAUUUAUGCGACUUUCUAGAAAUGAUCAAUAUUCCUCGAUUACGGAACUUUGAAGCAACCAUUAAACGGGGACAUUAUGGCCUUGUAGACGUCAAUGCAAAAUUAGAAAUCUUAUGUGAGUUGGUCAAUCAAGCCCUUGAAACCGCAGUUUUCAGGGAUAAGAUGGAUAAGAUUCUUGAACAGCGGCACGAACUUGGGGCCUCUAAAAGGGAAGAAGCUCUGGAAGAUGGUAGGAAGAGAAGAGAAAAAAAGGAGAGGUUGAAAGCUGACUCAGAAAGCAAUGGGCAUCAUCUAAACAGUGGAAACAGCUUAACAAACAAUAAUCACAUUAUGCAAAAUGGGCACGAGGGAAAGAAAAUUAAUGGAGAGAUAGAAUCACCUAGGCUAGACAAUUCACAUGGUAGAAGUGGGAUCAAGCAUUCAAGUCCUGCUUCAAAAAAGACGCCUAAAAACCUGGAUUCAGAGCAGAAAGAACCCACAGAAAAUGAAAAAGAAUCAUCCAGAAAGGGACUACUGAAGCAGUUGAAGGCAGAUAAGGAUCCAUCAGAUAAGAAUAGUAUACAGAAGAGGAGAGAAUAUUUUGAACGGGAGAUGGAGAAACGACCUAUUCAAAGAAGCCCAUUAGGUAAAGACAGAGAUUACAAUAGGUAUUGGUGGUUCCGUCGUGAUGGAAGGAUAUUUGUUGAAAGCUGCGACUCCAAGGAGUGGGGAUACUACAGCAGCAAGGAAGAGCUUGAUGCAUUGAUGGGUUCACUGAAUUGCAAGGGUGAGCGUGAAAGGGCACUGCAAAGACAACUGGGAAAACAUUAUAUUAGCAUAAGCUCAGAACUCCAGAAAAGAUCUAAGGAUUUGAUGCAAAAUAUGGCAAAUGAUGAUGAGUCUGUGCUUCGAAGGUCUACUCGUGUUCGAGCUCCACCCAGGCAAAACCCUGCCAACGCCUUCCUCAAUUAUGUUAACAAGUGGAAACAAGAGUAGCGGUGCGAGUUUGGAAUUUUUAAGGGAGGGAGUUGGUUCAUAGCCUAGAGAGUAAUGUAGUUUUUGGAUCCAUUUUUGGAUGAUGGAAAAGCAUGUUUAUGCAUGCUUGUUUCUGAAAUUUUGUAUAUGACUUGCACCAUUCUUCAAUAAUAGCAGGAACCGUUUCAAAUGCUCC